ACGUCUCCUGGUGAUGUCACAGCCCAGUGUCAUGGCAACGCCUCACUGAGCGAUACCGCACUGAUGCCCCAUUCCCUGACAGAUCACAAUAAUGUGAUGUCACAAUAUAAUGUCAUGGCAACGUCUCAGGGUGAUGUCACAAUGACGUGGUGUCACAUCACAAUGUCACGGCAACAACUCACUGAGUGAUGCCAGGCUAAUGCCCCAUGUCAUGACAUCACAACAGUGUCUUGUGAGUGUAACGUCAUGGCAACCCCUGGUGACGCAGUCACACAACACAAUGUGCCGUGUGACGGUGCAGCCACAGCGCCCCACCCAGCCAGUGCCAGGAUGGCACGGCACAGCGCAGCAGUGGCACGAGGCAAUGGGCUAUGGGGCCUUUCCCUCUCAGGCGCCAGCUUGGAUCCAGACAGUAGGAGGGCUCUUCAGCAUCAUACGGGAAAUGAGUUGGCUGGACCUCAGCCCAUUUGCUAGUGUAAAGGAGCCCACGUCACUAACCCACUCCCAAACCUGGCAGAGAUGCCAGGGGGUGAAUGCCCCAUUGGACUGGCCUUCCCUCUCCCCCAGGAAGUGCCCCUCACUCCCAAACCCUUUAUAUUAGAAGCCCCUGGCUGCAAAGAGUAAUUAAAGGAGCCAAGCCCGUUCAUUCAGACCUUCCUGCUCGGUUCACCCCAUAGCCACUGCCAUGGCGCGGCUCUCCGGCCAACCCCUCUCUUUGGAGGAGCAGAAGCAGUUAGCAGUGAACAUCACCCAUGUCCUCUCUCUCUAUGGCUCCAUUGUGGACUCCUACAUCAUUGAGUUUUUCACCGAUAAUCUUUGGGGGAAGCUUCCUUAUUCCUGGCAAGCAGUGCUCACUGAUCUCCCCUCCCCGCAACUCGCCGCUGCCUUGCUCGAGAAAGGAAAACCGGAGGAAGUUUGUUACAGCGUGGUGUGGCCACUCUCCUUGCUGGCCUUUAAAGCUACAGCGCACACAUUGGCUUUCUCCAGAACACCUCGUGGCAGAGGCGGCACGCCGGCGAACGGGAGGCCAGAGGAGUUCAGGGAGAACCGGUGUCAGAGCUCAAAGCUUAACCCCCUUUUCCGGAAGCACGUCAAGCCAAAAAAGCAGCAUGAAAUCCGGCAGCUCGGGAAGGUGGUGAAGAAACUGAGCGAGAUCACCAGGUGUGACCAGGUGGUAGAUAUUGGCUCUGGCCAGGGCCAUCUCUCUCGCUUUCUGGCCUUCGGUCUGGGUUUGUCCGUCACGGCGAUCGAGGGAGAGGGACGCCUGGUUGACAUGGCGACUAAGUUUGACCGAGAACUGGUGUGGGCGCUGGAGAAGGAGCAAGCGCGACGAGCCAAGGAUCCGGGGGAGGUCUCCCUCCGUGGGCCGAGCCAUGUGGCAGGGUGGGUCGACCCCCAAGCACCAUGGCGGGAAUUCCUCCUCCCACCGUGGCCAGAAAUAGACCCAGCUCAUUCUCCCUUGGCAGAAAGCGGCCCAUCCCCGGAGGCUGGUGCCACCUACGACUCGCCAGGGCCACGGAAGAUCAUUCCCCCCACAGCCCCUUGUGGGAGUGGCAGAGAUGGGGCAGAGACGGACAAGGCUGGAGAGAAGGGGCCAGGACGAUGGGGCUGCAUGGCUGCUGCAAGAGAGGAGCAGGGGGGAUCCCCAGAUCCCUUCAGAAGCAGAGGCCGUGGCUGCAUUCCCAACGGGCCUCACCCUCACCCAACGGCACUAAAUCCUCUGGGGCCGCUGGCGGAGGGCAGGCUGCUCCUGACCGGCCUCCACGCGUGCGGCGACCUCAGCGUAGCCCUGCUCAGACACUUCACCCGCUGCCCCCACGUGGUGGCCAUGACCUCGGUGGCCUGCUGCUACAUGAAGCUCACCACUCAGGAGGAGCCGACCCCCCCUGGCCUUGCUGCACCGCCUCCUUCUUCCACCCACCGGCCUGAGUACGGCUACCCCCUGAGCGCCUGGGUGGCCGGCCUGCCGGGCCACACCCUCUCCUACAAGGCGCGGGAAGUGGCCUGCCACGCCGUGGAGGACUAUGUGCUGCGGCUGAGGAACGAGAGCCCCGUCCUGCGGACUCACUGCUACCGCGCCACGUUGGAGAUGCUGAUCCGGGCGGCUGACCCGGCCAAGAGACGCCUCGGGGUGCAGACCAUCAACAAGGCCCACCAGCUAGCCUUCGAGGAGUACGCCCGGCUGGGCUUGCAGCGCGUGGGGCUGGACCCCGCUGCCCCUCUGGAUCGGGCCUGCGUGGAUGCCAUGCUGGGCCAGCAACAGAACGUGGUGGCCUUCUUCAGCCUGGCCCUGCUGCUGGCGCCGCUGGUGGAGACACUCAUCCUGCUGGAUAGGAUGAUCUACCUGCAGGAGCAAGGCUUCCAGUGCCAGCUGAUUCCCCUGUUUAACCCCAGCUUCUCGCCCCGGAACCUAGUGCUGGUGGCGGCCAAGGCUGGGCUGGACUCUGCGUUAGCCACGCUGGCAGGGGAAGACUGACUCACCCCAGCCUCCAUUGAUGCCCGGGAAUCACCUGCUGCGGCCUCCGGGGCGGAACGUGGCAGCUGUUUGACAGCGUGCGGGAAAGGAGCAGGCGCUCGGUGUAAGAGGCGGGCACCGGCGGAGUCCGGGGCUGCCUGUGGCAGGCUGUAGCAGCCUCACAAAGUUCGGCAGCAGUUGCACAUGGGGAGCGAGAUGAUGGCCCACCCAGGACCAAUCCUCCCCCCUUCAACCCCGCUCAAGGGCAGGGAGGUUUCUGCCCUCCCCCGCACCGUUUCCUGGGGCCGGGAGCCAUGCUGUGGGCUGGAAGAGUCCAAGAGGAGCCAGCCUCAGGCGCCAGAGAGAGCCCGGCAGGGCCCUGCUGCAGCAGCGAGUCAGGGACAACAGGCCGCAGCUGCUGCUCCAGGUGCUGACUGGCCGGUUGCCCAGGCUCUGCACCUCCACCUGCCUCCCCCACCUUCCUGGCCUUGCAUAUCCCCACCCCCCCUUCAGUUGAUCCGCUCAACCAAAAUAAACACCCCCCAAAAGAGCAGUGGGACGUACCACCAGGUUUGCAUUGUCUGUCACUGCUCCCUGCCUUGUCUACAUGGGGACAGGCACCGACUCUCCCACGGGUCUGUGCAGAACAGGCCGGGCGCUGCCGUAACAGGCAGUGUUAAUCCUAAUGGGGGUAGUUUAUGGAUCCCCUUACACCCCAGCUUGUGAGGUGCUCACCCCUCUGGUACUUAUCCCACUCCCCUCCCCGCCGCCACAGAAUGGAACAGGGGUUAAGUGACU